AUUCGCCUCAUCUUCGCGGGGAAGCAAAUGAGCGACGAGCUCAAACUCAGCGACUACAGAGUGGCUCCGGGCUGCACCAUCCACAUGCAAAUGAGCGACGAGCUCAAACUCAGCGACUACAGAGUGGCUCCGGGCUGCACCAUCCACAUGAUUCGCCUCAUCUUCGCGGGGAAGCAAAUGAGCGACGAGCUCAAACUCAGCGACUACAGAGUGGCUCCGGGCUGCACCAUCCACAUGAUUCGCCUCAUCUUCGCGGGGAAGCAAAUGAGCGACGAGCUCAAACUCAGCGACUACAGAGUGGCUCCGGGCUGCACCAUCCACAUGAUUCGCCUCAUCUUCGCGGGGAAGCAAAUGAGCGACGAGCUCAAACUCAGCGACUACAGAGUGGCUCCGGGCUGCACCAUCCACAUGAUUCGCCUCAUCUUCACGGGGAAGCAAAUGAGCGACGAGCUCAAACUCAGCGACUACAGAGUGGCUCCGGGCUGCACCAUCCACAUGAUUCGCCUCAUCUUCGCGGGGAAGCAAAUGAGCGACGAGCUCAAACUCAGCGACUACAGAGUGGCUCCGGGCUGCACCAUCCACAUGAUUCGCCUCAUCUUCGCGGGGAAGCAAAUGAGCGACGAGCUCAAACUCAGCGACUACAGAGUGGCUCCGGGCUGCACCAUCCACAUGAUUCGCCUCAUCUUCGCGGGGAAGCAAAUGAGCGACGAGCUCAAACUCAGCGACUACAGAGUGGCUCCGGGCUGCACCAUCCACAUGAUUCGCCUCAUCUUCGCGGGGAAGCAAAUGAGCGACGAGCUCAAACUCAGCGACUACAAAGUGGCUCCGGGCUGCACCAUCCACAUGAUUCGCCUCAUCUUCGCGGGGAAGCAAAUGAGCGACGAGCUCAAACUCAGCGACUACAGAGUGGCUCCGGGCUGCACCAUCCACAUGGUGCUGCAGCUCCGCGGCGGCAGCUAG